CUUUUCGGGCCGGCUUCGGACCAGCUUCGGACCAGGUUCGGACGUCAAACCCCGGUUUCGGACGCCUUGGUUUUCCCCGAGUGGAUCAGGCAUGGCCUACACGCUGCGAACAACAACCUCUCGGCGCUGUUUGAUGCCAACGCCGUGGAGGACCUCAAGGGCUCGCAACUGAAGUGAGUGCUCUCAUAAAAUAACAAAGCCGUGCGAUGUUCUCGAGAUGCACCGUGCGUCAUGUUCACUCGCACUCACAGGCAACUGCCGGGCGCCAUCUACAUUGUCGCCGACCCCACCUCCUCCUCCAUUGAAGUCCAUGCUUACGGCUCCAUGGAUGACCCUAUGCUCGUGCCGAGCAUCACGCACCUGGAGAAGUGCGCGUACGCAGUACACCAGCUCCGCCAGCCCCGCCCAACAAUACCAUCGUCAAGGCCAAGGCGACUGGCACCACUGCAGGGCCAGCACCCAAGCCAGAGUCCUACCUGGUGAGGGAGACGCUGCGCUUUGUGUACCAGAACGCCGUGCUGCCAGGCCUUCGGGAACUGUACGAUACAGGAUUCACAGUGCACAUGUGCAACGGGGGCAAGUGGAGCAAGGAUGACGGCGUGUCAGCAGGGAAAAUUGCAAGCUGGAUUCCUGCAGUCGGGGGGUCCUGCACAUGUGAUGGCAGCACGUGCAUGGACGCGCGGGUGAAGUUAGGGUUUCCUAACGUGCCGCUGGUGGACUACAUGAAGCACGAACUUCGGAAGGAGGAGGCAAAGGAGGCUAUCAGCUGGGGGUGCGGCGGAGUACGUUCGUUGCUCAGAAGGUGGCCGAGUUGGAGGCGGAAUGGAAGGAGGAGCGUGCCAACCACAAGGCAUCUCAGGCGCGAUCUGGGGCCGCUGCGGCCCGGGUCCUGCAAUCAGCGGACUCUGACGCAAGUGACAGCGAUGAGGAGGUGUUAACCCGGUAUCACCGGAUCGCUAAC